AUGGACGGUUCUGGAAUGACUGAAUGGAACAAGGCCUGCCUGCCGUGCCGCCUUGUUCAUGCCACAUGCAAUGGGGAGCGGCCGUGUAAACGAUGCAAUGCGUUGGGACGGCCGGACCAUUGCGUCAACGUGGAAAGGAAGAAGCGGGGGCGGCCCCGAAAAAACCCCAUUGAAGGCGAAGAGCUCCUCGAGAAGCGCGCACGUAUCAAUGAAGCAGAACACCCGACGAGAACAGAUGGUGAUGGCGGAGCCCACAGCGGCAACACGGCGACGUUUCAUCCCUCGUUCCCCAGCAUUCCACUCCAGCAGCAGGCCUAUCACUCGCUGUUCCCUCAAUCGUCGUCUCCUUCAGACUCGCCUCACUCGUCUCCUUUGUCUUCCUCCUCGUCCGCUUCUUCCUCUUCUCCCCUCGACGUGGAGCACCACAUCGAGUCUGCUGGCUUCGCUGCCGCGAGACGCCACCAACACAACAACAGCAACAGCAGCCGGCAUCACAGCCACCACAGCCAUCACCGAAACCACAGCAGCGGCAGCGGCAGCAGCCGGCACGCGCACAGUGACAGGCGCAGCAGAGAGAACGAUGGCGAGGAAGAGUCUACGAACGUCAGCAUGCUGAUCGACGAGAUGCGGGAGUUGCGGAAGGAGAACAGAGUGCUUAACGAGAAGCUGGCCUUCUUCUGCGAGAAGGUCGACCGCCGGCUCUCGUCAAGCGAGCGCAAGAUCGAUUCGCUGUCGACCACGCUCACGACGGCCACCACACCGUUCAUCUCCCCGUGGUCCUCGUCUCCUCCCUCUUUCUCGGCCUCCCCGCUCUACAUCCGCAAGGAGAUCCUCAAGGACCUCCCGUUUCUUCUCGACUACGACAUCAUCUCCGAGCAGGUGCCAUUUCUCAUCGAUGACCUUCGGAAAGCGUUCAUCGUGAGAAGGAUCUUUGAUCCAACCCCGGAGGAGGACCUCACGGUGCCGGUGACCACCUACGCCAACCCGGCUUGCUGCGCUCUUCUGGGCACCCUCCUGCACGAGCUGGUGGGCGCCCCAUGCUGGUUCGCAUUGGAGCAGCCGAUCAGGGCCUACCUGACUGCGAAAUCCGACAAGCCCGUUGGCGACAUCUUCCUCAACGCCGUCACGCGCAAGGGCAACCGCAAGCGCCUUCUCAGACUCUUCUCCCGCAACCAGGUCUUCUACAACGCCAAAGGAAAUGCCAAGUGGUGGAUCUCCAUCAUUGACAAGACCGAGGAACUGCCUCCGACCGCGCAGCCGGACAGCAACAAGAUCGCCCUCAUUCUUAACCGUAAUCGGCGCGGCGGUGCCACUCUCAGCCUGGUGCCGAAGGACGGAGAUUCUGACGACGACGACGGCGCCGAGAACACCACAACCGCGGUGUCCACGUCCCCGUCAUCAUCGGCGAGCUCCCCUUCCUCGUCAUCUACCAUGCCAGCCUCUACCAUCACCACGAUAUCGUCUCUCUCCAACACCCCGCCUGCCUUGUCGUCGUCUGCUCGCACGAUCGCAACGCCGUCUUCCUUCGCCGCCACGACCAACUUCUUCAACCCGGCAUGUGCCACCUUCUCUUCGCCUUUCAUCUCCACCUCAUCUCUCGCUCCCGCACCCUCGCCCUCGUCCUCCUUCUCGAGCCUGCUCUACACCUCCGGUCUGCCGGGCCUCAUAGGAGCGCCGAUCGGCGAGCUCUCCGACUUCGCCGGCAGCAUAGCCGGCGGUGGCACUCGCGCAAACACAGGCGGCGAGCGCAACGAACCCUUGGACCAGGAGCUGCAGGAGUUGUGGGCUCUCCUCGCUCCGAGUGAGCGGGAACCAACUCCCAUGUGA